AUGUUCCAUGCUCGAGGCAUGCUAUUUGUGGGCGCAUCUGAGCCAACUAGCUACGUGUUACCGCUAGUUCCCCAUGUCACCACCUCAGACUUGCCAGGACAGAAGACGUACACGCAAGAAAAAGCCAUACUCGAUUGGGAAGGCCUUGAAGAGAAAGCAGAAGCGCAGCUGGAGCCACGCCUGAAGCACGUGCGAGGGCGUCCAAGUGUAGCCAAGUAUAUAAAUGACAUCAUCGCAGAAGCCACCAAGCGUAUCGCUAAAAGGCUGCACUACUGCCGCCGCCCAUCAUUCCAGGAUUAUCAAGUCACUCACUCCGACGAGGUUCCGCAGCGUACGCGAACGCCUCGCCUGAACUGGCGAUCCAAUGGAUUUCACACGAGGUGCGUGGCUGCUGGAUUCGCUCACGAAAUCGGGUUCGCGUACGUUAGUACUACCACUCGCGAAGAUCAAAGUGUGGCCAAAAUUUUGGCCGGAUACCGAGACCCGCAUCUGCCAUGUAGUACCCCAACCAUUUUGACCCUGCCGGAAAACGUGUGCGGCUUCCCGGACGUGUCCCUGAACGUUGACAGCAACGUAUUGGAUGCAGCGCUCGCGUCGCUGUUGAUCCACCUUGAAGACGUGGCUGCAGUCAUCACGAAGGAGCAGGCAGCGACGGGUUACACAUCCCACUACUUGUACCGCUUGCUGGAAGCAUUUGACACUACAAAUGCUGCGCUGGGAUACGGGUUGUCUCUGGAAACGUGUUUUGGAUGGCUUCGCACCUCGUGGGAAACAGAGAACUUCGCUCAGCGGUGGAGACACGACCGUUCUUGCUGCCGCUGUAACGCAGCUGUUGUCCUCGGUGUCAACAAUGCAGCGGGCGCUGCGGAAGCUCGUCAAGAUUCAAGAACCGUCAUCGUCGGCUUCUCCAGGCAAUACCUCCUUUGGAACACAGCAACACAAAAGAAGCAGCAGUUCGUCCGUGCCGAUCUAAAAGCGUGCAUCAACAUCAUGAUCAUUGUGGCCGGGCGAGACGUGGACGUACCGGCAGCCCCUUUAGAUCCGGACGGCGUCGCAAAUCAGCUGUGGAAGCAAGAACUGUGGACGCUCUCCGCGGACUUGGACACGAAGACGAACGCGGCACUAUGCAAGCUUGACGACAAAGGUAACUCGAAGACACCAGGUUCUCUCCGAAACCGUUGGAGAAAGCAGCGUACUGACCACCGAGGCGUUUAUGAUGCGCUGUGUUCAGCCUUCAUUACACGCAAAGCAGGUGGAGUCGUAGUCGAUUGCUGCACGCCAGACAGUCACCAAUGGAAGCAGAAAGACUUGGAGUCGUAG